AUGGAAUCCUGCAUAUUCGCACAGUCGCCAUAUCACCCAGCAUCAAACGGAUUAGCUGAGCGUGCAGUCCGUACCUUCAAGCACGCUAUGAGGCGAAUGGACACAGGGGCAGUUGAAACUAGGGUUGCCAGAUUCCUGUUUCACUACAGAAUUACUCCGCACACUUCGACAGGUCUGUCUCCUGCGGAAAUGCUGAUGGGUCGACGCUUACGCUCCCACCUUGAUCAGCUUCGCGCUGAUGUAGCUCAGCGUGUCAUCAAACAACAGGAAAAACAGAAACACCAUCACAACAAGCACGCCAAGACACGUGUGUUUGGGAUUGGUGACACACGACCAACGACCGGCCAGAACCACAAGCACCGGCCGAACCUGAACCGCAACCUGUUCCACCAGCUGACAGGAAAUGCCCAGAUCGUAUCAGGAGUGCACCUGACCGCUAUGGCUUCACAAACACUUAAUCUGCGUCUCUUUGCUAGGCCACUCGAGGUCAUGUUUGGUACUCGCACGGUGGUGACGGUCAGCGGUUUCAUCCUUGGUGUGUCUAUGAUCAUCGCUUCUUUUGCCACUAGUAUUGUCAUGUUGACAUCAAUACUAGCACUGGCAGCUGGACCUGCUUUAAGUGUCGUCCAGAUUCUGACAAGGGCGCUAGUCGGACGCUGUUUUACGACAAACUAUGGCAUGGCGGUAGGAAUAGGGACAUCAGGAGGUGCAGUAGGCGCGAUCACCGUUGGGCCUUUUACCCAACUGUUGCUGGAUACGUACGGCUGGAGAGAGGCUUUGCUUAUUCUUGGAGGGUUGACCAUGCAUCUCGGAGUGUGUGGCGCCCUCUUGCGUUCAGCGUCGACUGAUGAAACAAAUGACAGCUAUCAGCCGGUGAGCACCGGCGCCAAUGAGGAACCACAAGUCGGCUCAUCAAGUGCCGAGAAGAAAGGCAAGUUGAAGCAGUCAUCACGACUUGGCGCCUUCAAAGACGCCCUCGGUGCGCAGAUAAAACAUUUCGGAUUUUCGGUUUGUUUCAAGUACUCAUUUUGGAUCACAGCAGUCCCCUUCAUAUGCAGCCGCUUUGUGGGUGAUCAAUGGAUGAUCUAUUACGUCUCCCAAGCCGAAGCCAAAGGCUUCUCUCCGCACGACGCUGUGACAUUCACCACAGCUGGAGGGGUCGGUAACGUCGUUUCCAAGAUUUUGCUUGGUGUUAUCGUCGAUAAAGGUUUGUUAAAAUUGAGACCGGUGAUCGCACUGAUGAUCACACUGAGUUCCUCGGUUUUCCUGAUAACUCCCUGGAUAAACUCUUAUUGGUUGAUGAUGGUCACUGCAGUUAUCUAUUGUAGCGGUCACGGAUCAAUUGCUUCACUGAAUGAUAUGUACACCAGGGAGCUGAUUGGAACCGAUCUCUUGGCGUGUGCUUUCGCCUGGAUGGAGCUGGUGACGGCCAUUUUUAGUUUCAGCCUUGGAUUCUUUCCAGGUUGGAUGUACGACCAGACUGGCAGUUUUGAUUGGGCCUUUUCCAUCAUGGGAUGCAUUUCAGCUCUAUCGUUGAUGGCGCUGUUGAUGGAAUGGGUCCAAGCGAGAUGCAAGUCCAAGCAGAAGGCUUGAGUACCCCUAAUUAAACUACAAGAAUGCUGACGAGUGACAUGAAAAAAAGGUUAUAGAAUGGAUCAUGUACCCUUUCAUUGCAAUCUGAUGAUUGUGGACGAUAGUCUUAAUUUUAAAAACAAUCACAUGACCGCGAAUA